AUUUGAAAGGGUAUUUUUUGACCUAUUUAAUAUAAAAUAAGGGGUAAAGUGAAAAAGAAUACUUUUUGGUGAAAAGGUGAAAAUCAAAAAAAUUUAUUACUUUAUGAUGGGCCAAGUAAGUAUUUCAAAUAAGAAUUAACAAUUAAAAGAGACAAUUUAAGAAAAAUGUAACAAUUAAAAAAAUCGAAGGAAGUAGUUUCUUUGUCUUUUAGCUGUAUAUUUUUACAUUUGACAUUAUUUACAUGAAUUACUUUUGAGUUGACUGUUGACCUAAUUAAUAAAUGAUCAAAAUACGUUACAUGAAUUAUGCAAAAGUCAAUAUAGUAAAAGGUGAAGAAGACAGAGAAAGUGAAUGAUAUUAAAUUCUAUACUAAUAAUAUGCUAUGCCCUUUAUACUUUUGCUAUUCUUUCAAUCAAAUCCACAUUUUUCAUAGUAAUGGAAAUGGGCCAACACAAAAAAAAAAAAAGCACCACUAUUCCUACAAUGUAGUAGUACAAACAAUAUAACGACCCACCAAACUCAAGUUUCUAGGUAAAUUUGUCAAGAAGCCAAGCUAAAGAUUAAACUAUUUUGAGUGAAAGCAUCCUUUAUAACACCUGAAUUUAGCUUGUUGUCAUUAUCCCCAAAUCUCAACAUGAUUCUUAAAUUCAAUAUAUAAACAACAAAAUACUAGUUGGUAAACUAACACAUAAUAGUAAAGUUUAAAUAAGUAGUUAAUUAAAAUAAGUGCUUUAGUUCAAUUUUCAACACCAAAAACAGCAAAAUGACAUAAAAAAAGUGUUGUGAUUCAACCUCGUAUAAUCCCCCCAAAAGUUCCCUUUUUUAGCACUUAAUGGAGUCAUGCAAAGACAAUGGCAGUUCAUGUAAUUACUGUUUGAGGUUAAAAUUCAUAUAGUAGCCAGAAAAAGUAGCCGUUAAGAGUUCAGUUUAUAAAGAAUGACCCAAUUCUCAAGAAUAUUAUUUAUGAGAGGAGUGUGUGUGAGUAAACAUUUUUAUUUUAGAAGAGAAGAAAGAGAGGAGAAUGAAAAACUAGCCGUUAAGAGGCGCCUCUGAACCAUUUACAAUCUGACAGUUUGUCCCGGGUUUUUUUUAACUUUUCACGAGAUUUUUCUCUCUCCUCUCACGUGCUAUGCCACAGAAAAUCCCAACCUCAACUACAAAACCCUCUCAUCUCUGUUUUAUCCCCUGUUUUAUCUUUCAGUUUCUAGUCAUUUUCAGCCCUUCACCCUUACAUUAAAAUCUCCCAAUUUUUUUUAAAAAAUAUAUAUUUUUUUUUUCAAGAUUUAGAAACAACCCAUUUGCUCAAAUGUUGAAUGAAACCCAAAAAAAGAAGGAAAAAUGGAAGAUUCAAUCUCAGAAGAAACACCCAAUUUGUGGUUUUGGGUUAAAUUGCAAAAAGAUGGUGUUUUUGGUUCAAUUGUUGAUGAUUUUGUGUCACCAAGCUUCAAGUUUGAAAGAAUGGGAUGGUGUGGUUAUAACACAAGCUGAUUAUCAAGGUUUACAAGCAUUCAAAAAUGAGUUAAUUGAUCCAAAAGGGUAUUUAAGGAGCUGGAAUGAUAGUGGUUUUGGUGCUUGUUCUGGUGGUUGGGCUGGAAUUAAAUGUGCAAAAGGUCAAGUUAUUGUAAUUCAGCUUCCUUGGAAAAGUUUAGGUGGAAGAAUUACUGAAAAAAUUAGUCAAUUUCAAGCACUUAGGAAACUUAGUCUUCAUGAUAAUUUCAUUAGUGGGUUGAUCCCAACUUCUUUAGGCUUUCUUCCUAAUCUUAGAGGUGUUCAACUCUUCAAUAACCGUCUUUCGGGUUCGAUUCCACCUUCAUUAGGUCUAUGUCCUUUGCUUCAAACCCUUGAUCUUAGCCACAAUUCUCUCACAGGAACUAUCCCACCUAGCUUGGCUAACUCUACCAGGCUUUAUUGGGUCAAUUUGAGCUAUAAUUCCUUGCAAGGUCAGGUACCGAGGGAGUUAACGCGGUCGAAUCGCCUCACAUUACUUGCACUUCAAUACAAUAAUCUGUCCGAGUCUUUGCCCACUGAUUUAGGAAAACUUUCAAAUCUUAGAACAUUGGAUUUGUCCCACAAUUUUAUAAAAGGUAGUCUUCCUAGUAGUAUCUCAAAUAUGUCCUCUUUGAAUACAUUAAACUUAGAAAGUAAUAAUCUUGUAGGACAUUUGCCUGAAAAUAUAGGUAACCUUCAUAAUUUGUCUAUGCUUAAUCUUAGGAGGAAUCGAAUCGAUGGCCAAAUUCCUCAAUCAAUUGGCAAUCUUUCCUCACUCAAACACCUUGAUUUGUCUUUUAAUGACUUCAAAGGAGAAAUCCCAAAUUCCCUUUCUGAUUUGCUAACUCUUAGUUUCUUGAAUGUCUCAUAUAAUAAGCUUUCUGGUUCAGUUCCUGUUGAACUCUCCCAAGAGUUCAAUUCAAGCUCUUUCAUUGGGAAUCUUCAACUAUGUGGAUUCAGUCCUUCAAAUCCAUGCCAAUCUCAAGCACCAUCUCCUUCUUUUGGCAUAUCAGAAGAAGCUAAAAGAGGCAGAAAGUUGAGUAUCAAAGACAUAAUUCUCAUAGCAGCUGGUACUCUCCUUGUAAUCAUGCUCAUUCUUUGCUGCAUACUACUGUACUGCUUGAUCAGGAAAAGAAGAGGUGUGUCAAAGAAAGAGGGGGAGGGUGCCGCAGUGGUGGGGCGGGCCCCACGAGCGGAGAAGGGGGCCCCAUCAGGUGGACAAGAGGUCGAGGCGGGAGAGGCGGGAGGUAAAUUGGUCCAUUUUGAUGGUCCAAUGGUGUUUACAGCAGAUGAUCUUUUGUGUGCUACUGCUGAGAUAAUGGGGAAGAGCACAUAUGGAACUGUUUAUAAGGCUACAUUGGAGGAUGGAAGUGAAGUGGCUGUCAAGAGAUUAAGAGAGAAGAUCACUAAAGGGCAGAAAGAAUUUGAAGCUGAAGUUAAUUUGCUUGGCAAAAUUAGACACCCAAAUCUUUUGGCAUUGAGGGCUUAUUACUUAGGCCCUAAAGGAGAGAAGCUUCUUGUCUUUGAUUACAUUCCCAAGGGAAGCCUUGCCACCUUCUUACAUGCCCGGGGUCCAGAGACGCGCAUUGAUUGGCCAACAAGAAUGAGAAUGAUACAAGGAAUGGCAAGAGGACUGUUCCACCUUCACAACAAUGAGAACAUAAUUCAUGGCAACUUAACAUCAAGCAAUGUCCUCAUUGAUGAUAAUAACAAUGCUAAAAUUUCAGAUUAUGGCCUGUCAAGACUAAUGACAGCAUCAGCUGCAGCCAAUGUGAUAGCCACUGCAGGAGCAUUAGGCUACCGAGCUCCAGAGCUAUCAAAGCUUAAGAAGGCCAACACGAAAACAGAUGUCUAUAGUUUAGGGGUGAUCAUCUUAGAGCUACUAACAGGAAAGUCACCUGGGGAGGCAAUGAACGGUGUAGAUUUACCACAAUGGGUAGCUUCCAUUGUCAAAGAAGAGUGGACAAAUGAGGUUUUUGACUUGGAGUUAAUGAAAGAUGCGUCAACUAUUGGUGAUGAGUUGCUCAACACCUUGAAGUUAGGCUUGCAUUGUGUUGACCCGUCACCAUCUUCGAGACCCGAAAUUCAGCAGGUUUUGCAGCAGUUAGAGGAGAUUAGGACAGUCGAUGCAGUCACAGCCACUACUUCGGGUGAUGACGGUGGUGGUGAUCCAUCAGCGAGUGAAUAAAGAAUGUUUUGUAGGAAGUGGAAGAUUUAGGAAGAGAUUCUUUUAGGUAUUUUUUGGUGUUUUGAUCUUGAUCAUUUCUUGAUAAUUGUGUUGAUGUAAAUAGAAUUCCAUUUGUAUCUGUUAGUUGUUCCCUGAAUGAUCCUCAAUUAGUAGAUCUGUUUCUCUCUUGUUCCCAUCCACUAGGAACAAGAGACUUGUUUUUC